UGUGGUCGCUAAUGUGUAGUGGGCUGCGGUCGUUGUUGUUAUUUACUCAGGUUGGAUGGGCAAUUGCAAAUGGUCGUUAUUACUCAGCGACCUGUGUCCUCAGCUCUCCGGCCACUGCAGCCGCCGCCGCACUCGGCUUCGGCCACCGCCGCCGCCGCUGCCCUCGGCUUCGGCCACCGCCUUCGAUUCGCUCCACAGCUGCAAGCCUGCAGCUGCUGCCCAUGCUCCCUAUAACUUUGCUCUUUGCUGCUCUUUGCCAUACAAAGGAGGUAGCGGCACAGCGGGAGGAAGAAUCCCCAUCAUUGGCAUAGGAACAGUCUAUCAGAUCCCCUCCAAUCCGCUGCUCCCUUCCAAAUCCGAAAUCCCCUCUUUUCCCCAAACAUAUUUCGCCCCAAAUCAAUAUGAAUCAACAGUUUUUGAUUCCAAAUCCGAGAUCCCCUCUGCUACCCCCACAUAUUUCGCCCCAAAUCAGUAUAAAUCAUGAGGUUGAGAGAUGAGAGAAGUGUUGAUUCACCGCCAUGUCUCGUAGCCGCAGUUUAUCACCGGAGGUGACAACUAGGGGCUGCAUCGAAUGGCCUACAUGGUCUCCUCAGGGCUCCCAAAUGUCAAUCCUCCCCACCAAUGAACAUCUUGAUGCCAAGCUCCUCCAUGAGUACAUCUCUCCACCUGAUCUGCCCAGCCACUCUGUUAUUUGUUCCAGUUCACUUGGGACUCAUCAAUCGACGAAAAUAGUCACAACAGGGUCUGAAGACCAUAGCUUCUCCUUGGAUUCAGUUGGGUCCAAAGACCAUAGCUACUCCUUUGUUUCAGUUGUUGAGGACACUAUGGGUGAUGCUGUCGAGGACAAGAUGUACCAAGUUGUAAAUGAAGAUGAACCAAAGGAAUUACUUAGAGACUCCAAGGUUAAUUUGAUGGCAAACGUUGUUGAAGACACCAUGAAAGAGAAAGAGAUUAAUGAAGAUGACCAUAUGGGUUGGUACUCCUUAGCUUCAGUUGUUGAGGACACCAUGGAUCAGCAAGUGGGAGCAGACAUCAUGGACCAGCAGGUUGUAGAAGACUCCUUGGUAACAGACACCAUGGAAGAGAGUGAUGAAGAUGAAUACUUGAAGGCAGAAUAUGAAAAGGGUGCAUUAAUCUUCGCUAGAGAUGAGGCAAAUGCGUUGGAAAGAAAAGAAGCUGAAGCUCGUUAUGAAAAAUCACUUGAAGAGAUUAGAGAUGAAUUUUUGAAAAUUUAUGUCCCUUUGUAUUUUACUCUAAGAAAAAAGUAAAUUCAGUUAGAUAGAUAAUAUAUAAAUUCGAUCAGCAUCCAGUUCAUGGCCAGUUAUUUGUUAGCAAAGAAUAAC